AUUCUUAGCGCCAUAACAUUUCAACGUCAUGCCAAAACACUCCAAGUUGAUCAUCUUCAUACAUUGACCUUCCUCAACAUGGCGCUCGUUGCAUACUCAGACUCUGAAGGCUCAGACAGCGAAGGUCCAUCGCCACCUCCAAAGCAGGCACCAAAGCCUGCGCCGUCCGCGAAAUCCGGUUUCACCAAGCUCGUCGACCGCUCGAAUCCUACAAAGAUCAAGGUCAGUCUGCCAAGCGCAGCGCCAAAACAGAAGGACGACAAUGACGCGAGUACAAAUCGACCGAUCAAGCGAGCCAGGACAGAGGGUUCUGGCUUCAACGCCAUGCUCCCUGCACCAAAACGGACAGGCGUCAUCAAAGGCAAUACAGCAGGAAGUGCAUCAAGUGGAAAAAGAGGGCUAGGAAGAGGUCUCGGUGCCGGAGUCAGCCUGAAGACCGGCGCAGAGCCAGCAUUCAGCCGUGUACGAGCAGAGCCAGAGCCAGAUCUAUUCAAGACCACCGCAUCCGAGGACGAAGUCCGCCCUGCCGCCUUCCACGAAACACAAGCAGAGACACCCGUCCAAGCACAAACAGCCGCCAGCGAAGCACCAAAGCCAAGACCAAUGCUCUUCAAACCCCUCUCCGUCAUGAACAAGCAAAAGAAAAAACCCCUCGCAAACAAAUCCCCCGCACCAGCACUCUCCAGACCUCCCCCCGAAUCCGCCGCUUCCAACCAAACACAACCCACAACCGCACCUCCGAAACCAAAACCCUCCCUCUUCUCCUUCUCCGCCUCCGAGGACCAAAUCCAAAUCCCCCAACCCACAACCUACGCACCCAUCCUCCACCACGCCCCCGCUCCAGCGCCCCAAAUAGACCCCACCCCCUCCCCCUCCACAGACCCCCCAGCCAACACCGACUCCACAAACACCCUCGCCCUCCUCGCCUCCGAUCUCAACCUCCCCGCCUCAGCACGCCGCCAACUCCUCGGCCGCCACGCCAAAGAUCCCAGCGCCGCAAUCCCGGCCAACGCCAUCAAAACCUUCAGCAUGGACGCGCAGUACGCCGAGAACGAGGCCGCGAUUGCCGCGGGCGAGACCGUGGGCAAGGCGCCUGUGCGCGCGGUUGCUGGCGGGAAGCAUAGUUUGAAACAGCUGGUGGCGAAUGCGAAUGGGCAGGCGGAGGCGCUGGAGGAGCAGUUUGCGGAAGGGAGGAGGAAUCGCAAGGAGGCCGGGUCGAAGUAUGGGUGGUGAAUUGGGGUUUUAUUGGGAGAGGAGGGGCUAUGGGACUGGCCUGGGAUGGUCUUAGCAGAGCCCGGUAUUUGUGGAUGUAUCUGAAGAGCGUCUGAUGUGGACUAAGUGUGGCUUUGGGAGAACAAGCUUCAUGCAUACAAUACACAUCGCACACAUUGUUUUAUCUCCAAGAAACCCAUUUUCUACCCCUUUA